CUGGAUUAAUCAGUGGUCACGCGAAGUGGACGAAACUUGUAAAUGUUGACUGGCAAAGCAAAUUGAUGCUUGAACUAGCCUUUUCAGCUAGUAAGCAAAUAGCCAUUAGACAAUCAACGCAGCAAGUAUAUUUACCUGCUCCUAAACAUUUAUUAUAGGAAACCGAGUGUAGUACGCAUGGAUUCCUCUCCGACUAUCGGGGAGUUUUUCCGCACCCUUACUGAGAUGGGCUUCGGUGAAGACCAGAUUCAAGCGGCGAUGCGAGCAGGACACUUCUCAGUGCCAGAGGCGGCAGAAUGGCUCCUGCAAGGUGGAAGUCCCCGACACAAGCUGGUGAAACAGCCUGGCCAGCCCACAGGGACGGCUUUCUCUGCAUUCAAUCCACCCAUAGAGAAUCCCUCACUUCAAGAUGCCACACAAGACAGUCCAGAGAGUAUAGGUGCCUCCCUGACGCUGGGCCAGCCGUCGGCUCCAGGCUCGUCCACUGAGCCCCCGCCGCUGGAUAUGCGCAUCAGGCAAGACCGCAGCAUCUUCGAGGACCAGCAGAGGCUGCGAGGAGCUGAGGUGGCACGUGCAGAGAAGAGGCAGAAAAAACAGGAGCGUGAGCUGGUGCUGAAGCGGAUUGCUGAGGACCGGCGUAUCCUGCAGGAGAAGAGUCAGCCCGAGAGCCCCGCGGAGGGCCCAGUCUCCGGUGCCCCGGGCCAGAAGCUGGGUGGCCGCGUACAGACCAGUGUUGAUAACCACUGUCUUCUAAUGAUACGCUUGCCUUCCGGGGAGUCCAUGCGGGAGCGCUUCCCCUCCGAUGCCCCCCUUCGCCACGUGGUGGAGCACAUCGCCGGGCGCCACCCUUCCCUGCCCGCCUUUUCCCUGCUCCAGGGAUUUCCACGGAAACGCUUCGGCGAGGCCGAGCUGGCCUGCUCCCUGCACUCCCUGGGCCUCACGCCCAACGCCGCCCUCUGCAUCCAGACCACGCCCCCAGAGACGCCCGCCCACCCGCCCAGCCCCGCCUCCCGACUUGCCUGGAGGCAGCCCCAAGAGGAGCCGACACCUCCCCCUGCCCCCGUCUCUGCCCCCGUCUCUGCCCCUGACCAACCGCCAGCUCCUCCGCCAGGAGAGGUGCCAGCUGCUGCUGCUGCUGCUGUUGCGGUGGAGGAGGAGGAGGAGGAGGAGCAGCACCCGGGCCUUCCUCCUCCACUGCCACAGCAUGUGUGGGAGGAGGCGCUGGGGUAUGCCGGCAUCCCAGGAGGGGGUCCAGCACUUACCGGCCCAUCACACCAGUGGGGCCGGGGCCACAAGCUGGUCCCGGGCGACGCCCAGGACGGUGGGAGCUCUGAGGACGAGGAGCGUCCAGAGGAGGAGCCGGCUGACCCCCAAUACCUGCUCAACGGUCUACCGCGAUUGCCCUUCUUCCCUGAGAACCGCGGCAGAGGACCACUGGAGCCGCGGCACAGGUGGCCUGAUCACGGCAAUCGCCUCAGGGAAGGCGAGCGUGAUCGCCCUGCAGCAGCCCCAGAGGAGGCUCAGGUGUUGCCAGGUGCAGCAGGGCAGGCGGCAGUGCAGCGUCUCGAGAGGGCAGCGCACGAGGAGGACCCCCGGGGCCCACAAGGGCACCCCUCUCCCCCCAAGAAGCCCUUCAGAACGCCCCCCGUGCCAUCCCUCUGUGUCAUGGCCACCCGGGCCACAGUCACACUCAUGACUGCUCCCAGCAUGCAGUACAGCAGCAGCCUGGCUGGUCUGACCCCGGAGCUGGCGGAGCUGCUGCUGGGCCACAUGGCGCGCGAGAGGCUGCUGCGUCCGCGCACGCUGGAGCUCUUCUUCGGCUGCCCCCUGCAGAAGCUGGUGCUCAGCAGCUACUCGUACUCCACCAACGAGCUGCUGAGGCAGCUGCGAGCCUUCACCGCACUCAAGCACCUCAGCCUGGUCAACUCCCCCCUCAUCACGGACUCUGGGCUCUCGGUCCUGUCCAGCUUGUUGAAGCUACAGCACCUUAACCUGUCCUCCUGCAGCAAGCUGACUGACUGCUGCCUGCAGCACAUCACAGGUCUGAAAUGUCUAACGUUUCUGGCGCUGGAUCAGACCAAAGUAAGCGAUUUUGGCAUGGUGGUGUACCUGCGCUCGGCCCCGUCCUCCCUCAACCAGCUUAGUCUGAACCAGACGGCCGUCACCGAGGCCACGCUGGCAGAGCUGCCCUCCUCCACGCCUCAGCUACGACUGCUCAGCAUCAAACACACCAAGGUAACGGAUGUGUCUGCCCUGGCUGAGCUGCGCUGUCUGCAAACGCUUCACUUGGAUGGCACCGACGUGAGGGAGGAUUCUCUGCAGCACCUGGCAACCCACUCCACCCUUUCUGGUCUCAGCCUGGCCGGCAUCCCCGUCAUGGAUGGCAACCAUACACUGGAGCUCAUCUCAGGUCUCAGGCUGACUCAGCUGACCCUACCGGGCAGACACUCGGUGACGGACAGUGGGCUGGCCUUUCUCUCGCGGCUCAGAAUGUUGUCGGAGUUGGACCUGACCGACUACACGCAUGUCACUGACCAAGGGGUCACCCAGCUGGCUGCCAUGACCAGGCUGAAGAAGCUGUCGCUGUGCAACACCCAGGUGACGGACGUGGGGCUGCCGCCUCUGGCCAGCCUGCAGGAGCUGCUGGAGCUGUGUCUGGACCGCUGUGCCGUCAGCAGCCGAGGGGUGGCUGCCCUCAUCACGCGCCUGCCACAUCUGCAGGUGUUGGGCCUUGCCAGUACUCAAGUGGGAGACACCGUGGUGAAGCGAGGCCUGAUCCACUGCUCAGAGCUGGUGAAGCUCAACCUCAGCAGGACGCGCAUCACCGACCAUGGGCUGAAGUUCUUGCGGCAGACGCAGCUCAGCCAGAUCAACCUCGACAGCUCCGGGGUCUCUCUGGUGGGCGUAGCCAACCUCAUCUCCUCCUGCCCGCUGCUGACCAGCGUCCGUGCCAGCCACACGCGCGCCAUCCCACCGGACCAGGUCUCCGACGACGACGACGACAACAGUGGUGCCAUCAACUGACCCCUGCAAAGCCCCAGCACUCUCCCCCACAGAAACACACCUGUCUCAUCUCUGCCACCCACCGCUGUGGGGCCUGGAGUCCGUGGACCCCAGCAUGGUGAUGGAGUCCUGGGCUUUAUCGUGGGUAGACUUGAGCAGGCUGAUGGUUACAUGGGGCCCCGGGGCCAGACUGUGUAGGAUUCGUCUACACUCGACUGCCAGUUUCCCACCACUGAAAGUUGAUCAUACACACACAUAGCCCCCACUCCCAUAGGAAUACAGCUUAGUAAUGUGGUAUUUAUAACGUGUGUUUUCCCUGAUGGCCGUCAUGGCGUGGGACUGGAUGUCUGGGGGUGAGGUGAGGUGUAGAGGGUUUCCCACUCCGCUGUCACGUAGUCUUACCUUCUAGUUUGACAGCAACAUGAGCUGCACCUUAAUGUUUGUGACUACCACAACUAAAUGCUUUGAAACUUGGCCCAAUAUCCCACUCUUCUUUCCUCCUGUCUUUUUAAAUUUUUUUUUUUUUUGCUCUGUUCUUUGAAGAAAUGCUGCCCGGGAUAGAAGCCAAAGAAACGUUUGUUUGUUCGCACUGUUUAUAUAUUCUAAUCCAAUUUCUGUCUUGUGUUUAGAGAGGAAGCUGUAAUUGAUAUGCUUAAGCAAACUUCCUGUUGGUUUGUGUAGAAAUCAACUCGUUUUUUGCAUUCAUCUGCUUUCUGACAAAGCAAAAAUACUGUCCUCAGGUGUUCCGAUAGACUUUUAGUCAUUGAUGAGGGGUUGAUUGAGUUUCUCCUGUCAGUAUGUCUCACAUCUGUACACCUCUGGACCAGAGGGGAUUAGAAUGCAUGCUGGGAACUCUCCUCUCCUGCCCUCCAAGAACACGUCUGUUCAGUAAGGCCUGAACUAUACGUUCAAAGAUUUACAAAUUCAUGUCAAAAAAACAAAUGCAUGUCUGUAUUAACUAUGAACUCAUUUCCCUCAUGUUCGUUCUGAUUGGCUUACCCACUAAAAUGUCAUUCAUAUUCUUCA